AAAUUUUCCACCGUAUUAAAGUUAUCAAUAUACAUUGAGGAAAAUUUUCCUCGAAUUGUUUUUCAUAACAUAUGUUAAAAACUUUGGUGCAGUUGAUUAAUUCUAGCACUUAGAAAUGCCGCCCAAAGGUAAAACAGGCACUAAAGGACUGAAGCAGAUUGAAGAAGAAAAUGCAUCUACAUUAAAGUUCUACUUAUAUAUCAUUUUAGGUGUAAAUGUAACCUACUUUAUUGUGCAGUGUUUCCUAUUCUGGAGUAGUUUUACAGGUGGUAUUAUAACUUUGUCUGUGUUUGCAGUUGCCAUAAACUUUGGUUGUUAUCAAUUUAUGUCACACAUGGCAGGCAGUAAAAUAGAUCUCAACAUGAGUGAAGGAAUGUCAGAACAUGCCAAAGAUAUUCUUUUAUACACAUGUAUCGUCCAAAGUUUGUCCAUUAUAUCAAACUAUUUUUGGCUUAUAUGGUUGUUGAUACCAGGUAGAGCUUUUUAUUUAUUAUGGAUCAACAUUCUAGGACCAUGGUUCUUUGCUCCAGCUCCAGAACAAGAUGAAAAGAAACAGAAAAAGAUGGAAAGAAAAAUGAAAAGACAUUGAUAAUUUAAUAUUUUAGGAUUUUUUAAAAUUAACAAUUGUGACUAUUGUUUUACUAUUUCUUCAUCAUUUAUAUAAAUAGAAUUUUUAUGAUUAAAUUAUUCAGGAAUUUAUACCCUUAUUAGUCACCUAAUUGCUUAAAAGACCUACAUGUAAGUUCAAUAUAUGACUUUCUCUCCAUACAUCUGAAAGCAAAUGAUACGUAAUUUUAGUAAAGAAUGUUCCACUGUAUCAACAUUAAUGUCCAAAAUUCUCUUUUAUAUGACCACAAUUCUCAAAUGUUCUGAACUAAAACAGAUAUUACCAUUUUCAAAUUAUUUGAGAUAUUCAAAUAGUUUUGAAUUAUUCUUGUAAGUUGACACAAUUUCCAAAUAAUUUAGAAUUUUGUGUCAAUUUUCAAUUUUUUAAAUGCUGCAAUAGUUUACAAAUAUUUAAAACACUAAUGCAUGUAACUUUCAAAUAUUUUUUAAUAUAUAUCAAUCAUUUUCAUUAUUUUUUUUUAACAUUACAAUUUUUUUUUAUUCAGAAGAGAUAACAUAGACAUACAUUGAUGUUAAAAUUUAAACUAUGCAAUUCAUGUAUUCACUAAUGUUCCUGUUACACAGUCUUCUGCGGCCGAAUUUUCUUUAAUAAACGAUGAAUCUAUGAAACUAAUAUCUAAAAACAUAUGUUGGAAAUUGUAAAAAACAACCUAUUUAUUUUUGUUGUUGUAAAAUAAGCAUUUGAUAGCUUUAAGCUAUACUUAUAAGUACACUAUAUAAUAUGGGUAAAUGUUGGCAUACAGCAUCUAUAUUUAUUUUUUAUCAUUUUAUUAAUAUAUUUUGUUUGGGGAUGCAUUAUAUAUAUUAUCUAGAAUUCUUAAAACAGGUUUACCAGACACUGCCAUUGAAGGAAAAUUCUUGUAAACAUAAUCUGGGUAUGUUUACGAUUUAAAAUUCCUUGAUUUAAAAUGCAUAUAUUUGAUGUACCUAGUUUCUAAGCAAUGUAAAGGUUUUAAUUUGUGACCAUAAGAUAAUGUUUUUUUUCAAUUUUCAUCUUCAAAACUACAUGUCUGAUUAAUUGCAAUAAAUCUGAAACAGAGUUAUUCCUCUUUAAUAAGGUGUAUUUUUUUUUUUUAAAGAAUUGGGUUAGAAUUUCAUUUUAUUUAUAUUUGAACUUAUCAAGUUAUAUUGUGGCAUAUUUUAAACUUUAGUGGCAAUAAUAAGAUUAGAAAACAGUAUGGUUAAUCACAAAUUUGCUUUUCUGUUUGUUUUUAAUCAGUUUUGUACAGACAAUAAUUAAUUUAUGCUACUUGAUUUUUGUACACAAAUUUUGAAUUGUAUUUUGGGGUAUACUGAGGUAUACCAGUUAAAUAUUUGCAUGAUUUUCAACUGAGAAUCAAUAAAUAUACUAUAAAUUUAUGAAUAUGUAAGAGUGAGGCAUGAAUUAUGACUGUAUUUGAAAGAUAUUUUUGUUAAUGUAUUUUUCAGAUACAAAUGAGUAGGUCCUGUAAAAACCCUUUUUGGUCCUAAAAUACGAUAGUUAAAAUAAACUUUUAAAAUGUAAACUUUUAGCAAUUAAUUGGAAAGUAUUUGUUUUGUUUUAUUUAUCCCCAAUUGUAGAACAAUUUGGCAAUAGUCCAUGUUUACUAUGUAUUUUGUAAGAAAUUAACUACUGUGUCCUGUGUAAAUUGCUAACUUUAAAAAAAAACUUAAUUUUUUCCAUCAGCAGAACAUGAGGGAAUGCAUGGUUAGAAUAGAUACAUCAUUUAACGAUAUUUACGUUAUAUAUUGUAAAAUUUGAAUGUAAGCAAUAUUGUGUCCAUGGAAGUUGAAAUCGAUUCAAAUAAAACAUUUAAAAAACUUG